GCGAAUUGCUGGUUCACAACGUUGUGAUCAGCAUAAAAUGGCUGCAAGUUUAGGUAGCAGAGCUCCGUCAAAGCGGCAUAAAUGGCACUUUGCUUCUUCUCAGAGGCGAACUGAUAGAGUGACGGAGCUGGCAUCACCUCCGGGCUUUAGUUCAUCCCUUGGACAAGGGCACAGUGAAGCUAGUCGUGAAACAGAAGCAAACCUUAUUGUGAAGAAAUCCUGGGAUGUAGCUUUGGCUCCAUGGAAGCAGGUGCCUAUGAACCUUUUCAUUAUGUACAUGGCCGGAAAUUCUAUCUCAAUCUUCCCUAUCAUGAUGGUGGGAAUGUUGUUCUUGAGACCUGUCAAAGCGCUCUUAACAAUUCAGUCAACAUUCAAGAUGAUUGAAGGAGGCCAAGCUAUUCUUCAGAAAAUAGUUUAUCUUUUUGGCAACCUGGCAUGUUUGGCCUUAGCUCUUUAUAAAUGUUCAUCAAUGGGCCUACUGCCAACACACGCAUCUGAUUGGUUGGAUUUUGUAGAGCCUCUCCAAAGGAUUGAACAUUCAGGAGGGGGUAUCAUAUUGUCAUGAACCAACGAACUUGGCCAUGAAGCUGAUCGAAGUUGUAAACAAAGUGCACAUGCCGGGA